AUGGACAAGUGUUAUCUCAAAUGGGCAAAAACAACAAGUGUCCAUGAGGCGCUUAAAAGAAGAGAACUCUUCGUGGCAAAUGCGAUGGGGCGUUCUCUGUUUCCUCUGUUCGAGGCAAGGAAAGCAAACUUUAACUCCCUCGUCAGGGAUGUUAAUUUAGAGAAAAAGGGUCUUAAACUCCUCGACUUGCUCAUUGAGGCCUAUUGCUCCACUGUCCUCCAAUACGUUCAUGGUACAGGGUCCUCUAGAUUUGAUAUCUUACAAUCCGAAUCAUCUGGGAUAGAGUUCAAUUGCCAAGAUGAGGAGGAGCCGAAAGAGACAUUCGAAGUUCCCCUAACUUCAAAACAAAGAAAGUCUCCAUCUACUAAGGGGAAACCUUCGAAGUCGUCUGAUCAAGAGCAGACGCCUUAUGUUGAGGGGGAACGUUCUAGUUCCCAAAGAGCUACAGAAUUUGAACAAUCUAAAUCCUCCUCUUCAUCCGAAGAAAGACUGUCCAGUCCUCCAAUCACUCGUCACUUAUCUCAUGUGAGGAUAGUCGGUUCUCUUCAUGAAUAUCUCCUGAAGUUCCUUUUCAAUCUGGGGACAUUUCAGGUUUUUUCAAUCAGUUGGAUGGAUGAUGAAGAUGUUGAAGCUGUAGCUGCAAAAAAAAAAAGAGCUCUCAUUGCUGCCAACCUUGAUAAUGUUAAAAAGGGGGAAGGAAGCAAUAGAGGGGGGUCAAGCUCCGCUCGUGGCACACGAUCCAAAAGAAAACCCACUCAAGGUGGCCGAGGUAGUUGUCAAUCUGAUAGAGGUGGCCACAGUCGUGGAGGAGAUAGAGGCGGUGGCAGGGAUGAGGAGAAACUCGAGUCAUUCAUCAGAAAUCAUCAAACUAUGGCCUCAAUGAGAUAUACCUAUUCUGAAAUUAAGAGAAUCACGAAUUCUUUCAAAGAAAGAUUGGGUGAAGGAGGAUAUGGAACAGUUUACAAAGGAAAACUCCUCAAUAAUAACCGUCUUGUAGCCGUAAAGAUCCUUAAUAAAACAAAAGGGAGUGGAGAAGAUUUCGUCAAUGAGGUCUCGAGUAUUAGUAGGACAUCACAUGUUAACAUAGUCAACCUCUUGGGGUUUUCUCUCAAAAGUGGAAAAAGAGCUCUAGUUUAUGAGUUCAUGCCUAAUGGAUCAUUGGAUAAAUUUAUUCACAAGGAUUUUGUGCGGAUGGGGAAGUGGGAAAAGUUACGCCAAAUUGCAACAGGAAUAGCUCGAGGACUUGAGUAUUUGCACUUAGGUUGCAACACACGAAUACUGCAUUUCGACAUAAAGCCACAAAAUAUUCUACUAGAUGAGAAUCAUUGUCCUAAGAUCUCGGAUUUUGGUCUUGCCAAGAUGUGUGCGGAGAACGAAAGUAUCGUGUCAAUGUUUGGGGCGCGAGGAACCAUUGGAUACAUAGCUCCAGAAAUAGUAAGUCGAAUAAUAGGACCUGUCUCAUACAAGUCAGAUGUUUAUAGCUAUGGAAUGUUGGUAUUGGAAAUGGUUGGAGUGCUGAAGAACACAAAUAACCGUAAUGAGAAUAUGAUGGAGGCAAGUAGUGAGAUGUACUUUCCAGAUUGGGUUCACAAGCAUCUUGAAGAAGACAAUAUUGAAGACUUAUUACAAGGUGACAUGAAAAAUGAAGAAAUUGAUAUUGCAAGAAAGAUGAUAUCAGUUGGAUUGUGGUGUGUACAAAUGGACCCAUCCAAAAGGCCACAUAUGAGUAAGGUCGUGGAAAUGUUGGAAGGUACCCUAGAUGCAAUGCACAACCCCCCAAACCCUAAUGCUCUUUCCUCGAGUGUUAUUGCAAACUACUCUUCAUUGAGCUCAGCGGUGGAUGAUUUUGUGUAGUCCUUAUGAUACUAU